AUUUAUGCUUGCAUCCACAUUAUCGAUGCAGAGAUACCAAUCGAUGAUCCUAAAUGCCAAGAAAUGAUAAAUAUGAUCUCUAAGAAGACCCCAUGGUCACUGGGUGUAACCGUCAGCAAAAGCACAUGUUGCGUCUUCAAAGUCCCCCAUACGUUCAUCGGCAACUCAUAUCAUCCUUCUGUUGUCUCCAUCGGGCCCUAUCACCACAGCAAGCCGCAGCUCAUGAUGAUUGAGGAGCACAAGUGGCGGUAUCUCAACUACUUGCUCCGGAGAAACCCUACCAAGACCUUAGAUGACUACUUGGAAAGCAUAAAGCUACUUGAAAAGGAUGCAAGGGAACACUAUUCGGAGAUCAUUCAAUUUGAAAGCCCUGAGUUCAUCGAAAUGAUGGUUCUCGAUGGCUGCUUUAUAAUAGAACUUUUUCGCAAGAUUAAAGACCAGAAACUAUUCGAGCCCAAUGACCCUCUGGCCACCGUUGGUUGGGUAUUACCAUUUUUAUAUAGGGACUUCCUCCUGCUCGAGAAUCAGAUACCAUUCAUUAUACUAGAAAAGUUAUUUGAAAUAUCCAAAAUGCCUAGCGAGGAGGAGUCUAGUUUGUCCUUGCUUGCUAUGCAAUUCUUCAACGAAGCUAUCGCAUUGCGAAGACCCCAUGAUUUCAUAUGCCGCCGGUCUCGUGAUCUAAAAAUCUGGCAUUUACUCGACUUGAAUGGUGUGAUUGAGAUGCCUCGUCUAACACUUGACGAAAUCAUGGGCUCUUUCCUGUCAAAUUGUGUGGUAUUCAAGCAGUUUCAUUGCGACGUCUCCAAACACUUCACCACUUAUGCAACCUUCUUGGACUGCCUCGUGGAAAGUGCCAAGGAUGUUGGGUACCUACGCCACCACAACAUUAUGGAUAAGAAUCUUGGUAACGAUGACGAGGUUGUGCGCUUCAUCAACCAGAUGGGAAAGGGCGUGGUGAUUGAUACGAAUUGUUAUUUGUCCAAGUUGUUUGAGAAUGUGGACAAGAAUUAUAGAAGUUGCUGGAACGUGCAACGGGCGAUCUUCCAGCGUAAGUAUUUUGACACUCCUUGGUCGUUCAUUUCGACGUUGGCUGCGUUUGUGCUCUUAUCGCUUGCAAUUGCACAAACUUUCUACACCAUCUAUGCUUACGUGCAUCCGAAUGAUGGGUCGCCUCCGUCAAAGUGAAUGCGAGUGAAUUUGUAUUUAGGAAUCAUAUGUAAUUAGUUUACAUCAAGUUGUUAACAGAGAUAUUGUGGAAGAGAUGGCUCAAGUUGUAGAAAAUCGUCCCCAGCUUUUGGUAAUUUCCGAUGCACCAUAUGUACACAAGCUUACCGCUGCUUAUGAGUGCCAAAUUGUUGAAGGAAUUCAUAACCAUCAACUAAAGCAGUUUGUGGUAGAUGGUAAAAAGGUUGUACUGAGUAUAUAUGUUUUCAUCCUGGUUGUUCCAAUGUUCUAUUUCUUUUGCUU